UCUUCCUUUUCCCCAUCACCUACAUCUUCACCCACUGGAAGCGAUUAACCUGCGACCUACAUUCCCAUCCUCUUAAUCACACUCAUCCUAGUCAGAUCCAUGUCAACUCUAUGUCGUACCACCGCGACAUUACCCGCAAUUCAAACCCAAUUUUACCGCCAUCGCAUCCAGUACUGGACUACCACAAGGUCAGCACACUCUCUUCAACAACAGUUACCUGCGGUUACGUACCUGCUCCAUCCACGUCUCGCCUCUCUUCGGUUCGGCGAGAGAGUGACCAACCUCAGGUACUAUCUCUCAAUCUCCGUACCAAACUGGCAGCCAGUCGAGUAGUACCGAACGGACAAACGAGCACGGUACCGUCCGUCAAUUCGAAAAGCUAACAGAAAAAGUGUAAACAACACGCGACAUGUCGUCACCUUUGCAGUCGUCAACCCUUGACGGCCUCCCCAAACAGUUCGUCAGCGCGAUGCGGACUCUUUUUGAUAUCAUGGACGAUAAAAGGUCGGGAUUGGUGAACUUCUCGGACAUCGAAAACAGAUGGCAAGAUGACGGUUCCAAAGGCUUGCCGAAAGGAGUACUGGAAAGCCUACGCAAGGUAACGCCGCCCAACGGGAUGCUGACUUUUGAGAGGUUCUGUGCUGGCUUGAAGAUUUGUCUUUUGAGGAAUCAAGUGGAGCGGCGAAAUGACAACAAUCUGAAACGAGGAACAUCAGAUCCACCCACCAACCGCCCGCCAUCCGCUCCUCUUCUAGACAUCGACCCACCCAAACAAAACUGGAACACAGCCGCCAUAAGACCCAACAACCAACGAACCAUCAGCAUGCCACAACUUCUUCCCGAAAGAAAAGACGCCACCCAACCCGAAAAAACCGUACCGAACAUCAACAAACCCUUGUACGGUCCUCCCAAACCCCCAAGGACCGCCAUCGGCAUGGACCGUGGAGGCAACAUGGAUAGAGCUGAAAUUAGAACAGCUCUGCAAAACUGGCAGAUGGGGUUGAUGAUGAACGACCAGGAAAACAAAACGGAUAAAAGGCAGCAGCAGCCACAGUACGGAGGGUUGUUGAGGACGGGGAGGAGUCUGGGGGACGGAAAACCGGCCCAAAAUGACAUGAACGUGCCAGUCGCGGGGGGGAUUUAUCAGAAGAAACCCAACGUGAAGAGAAGAGAGCCGAGGAGGCAUACGUUGCAGAAUGGGAUAGAUUAUAAUAUGUUGAAGAGGAUGAAGCAGAUUGAGCAGGAAAAGGACGUGUUGAUGCAAGGGUUGAAUGCGGUGGAGAAGGCCAGAGAGUGGUAUUUGAAGCAAGUGGCGGCUGUGCAGGAGAAGAUGAAGUAUUUAGGACGUAUGGGGCAUGUGGAACCUUGGUCAGAAGCCCAGCAAGAAAGGUUGGAGCUUCAGAGGGCUCGAGUUUACGAAGUGAACCGCCAUCUAGCCGCCCUCACCGACAGCUGGGAACGCGGAGGGCUUCCCCUGCACAUGAAUUUAGCCGUUCAUCAUUACCCCCAGACCCAGGAUUUGACCGAUCGAGUCAAACAACAGAACAGACUUUUGACGGAGGAAGUAAGCAAAAAGAGCGAACGGAUAUCUGCACUCGAGAGGGAAAAGGCAAACUUAAUUCAAAUCUUACAAAUGAGAUCUGCGUCAAAUAGGAACAAUGGACAGGAAGAAGCAGUUUUUUAAAAAAGAAAAAUCGAGAUUUACAAAAGAACACAUUUUAUUAACAGUCAUUGAAACAAAUGUGAUUUUCAUGUGAAAGUAUAAAACGUAACGGUUACCUUCUGCAUGUUAUACAUAGAUAUGUUUUCAUAUAACAAUUUGUACCAGUAAGUGCCAUUCAUAAAGAUUUUUUUAAUAAUAAUUAAGCUAGAGUGGUACAUUUUGUCACCAAGUUGACAGUGAUUCUUGUGCUAAUAAUAAAUUGGUGCUAGCCACUGCUUGUAGAUUUUUUUACUAAUAAUAAUAAAAUACAUCUUUUUUA